AUGUGUCCCCCGGUCAUUGAGCGGCAUGGCAGAGAGGGCAUGUCACACCUCUUUGCACUCUGGGCCUUCAGGUUGCUCCACGGAGAACCAUUACGAAUGUGCUUUGCCUGCUUCAAGAUUGCCUUUUUGGACUUAAAGAACUUGCUGGAGUCUGAAGAAUGGGAAGAUGAUGACUGGGACCUUGAUCCCUUGGAGUCCCCUGAUGAGGAGGAGGAAGAGUUUGCACAAGUGCACCCCGGAGCUUUGGCACCAGUUGCCAUAGGGUUGCAGCAGGUGAGCCUAGGCUAUUCCUACGUCCCCACUGAAUUGAGGCCUGAGGAUGUGGUGCCCCUGGAUGCGGGCCCCAAGGAUGCUGACUGGAUCCAGGGCCUUCCCUGGAGAUCCAUGGAAUUGCCUUCCUGCUCACACUGGCCUCAGGCCCCGCUCUCAUGGCAGUGGUCUCUCAGUGUGGACCAUCCCCCCCGGGAGCCCAUGGUGUUGGAGCUGGGCACCAUCUGGCCUGUGGAGCCCAUGGAGGCUGAGGCCUGGUUGCUGGGCCUACAGUUUGUCACCAUGGAGAGCCAUGGAGAUGCCUUCUACCUCAGGAAGAUGGUUCCAGACUCUCUUCUGCAGCCCUUAAGCUAUUGCUGGAAGCUGCUGUUGUACCCCGAUGAGGCAUGCAAGGUGGGGCUCCAGGACCUGCCACAGUACCUGGACCUGCCCAGAUGGAAGCUGAGCAUUCUGGACUCCACAAUGCUGCACACGCAGCUGGUGCCUGCGGACACUAUGCUGCUGAAGAAGGGGUUCCGCAUCAUGUCCUGUUCUCCCCAGAGCAAAGGUGAGGCAGAGUGGGGGGGCUCAGCCCCUGAGGUAGAAGAUGGUCUUAGCCUGCCUGAGAGCUGGAGCUGGGGACCUGAGUGGCCUUCAUGGCCUGAGUGGCCUUUGUGGCCUUCAUGGCCUGAGUCGACGCUGGGUGGGGUGGGAUACAUGACCUUCGAGGAGCUGCCCUUCUUCCAGCCCUUGCUCCUUUGGCCCCAACACAAUGAGCCUGAGUUCCAGGCAGCCACCCUUGACAUGGCUGUCCCUGAACACCAGGAACCAGAGAGGACCAGCAGCCCUCCCUUAUUUGCAGUGGAUCAGUUGGCACCGGAUGAUGACCUUGAUGGGUGGUGGCAGAGUAUGGGGCAGUUUUAG